UGUGAAUCUGUAGCAAGUGACAGCUUUACGUAAGCAUUCACUCGCUAAGACCCCUUGUCACUGACACUGUGUUGGAUAACCGUCUGGUGUAAGUUAGCACUUUAGCGGGGUUAAGCUGUUCCUGAAUUCCCCCCGUCCUUUCCCUGUCAGCCAGGACCAACGUCAUUUAGAUCGCGUUAAGCUGCAUAACACACAACCAUCUACGUAUCAAUCAGUCCCACUACUCUCCUUACCUAAGGUACCUUUCUUCAGCCUCCCCCGGACUGCUUUGCCAGAUCCCAUCUGAGGUCCCCCGGUAGGUACCGCCUUGUCGAUUUUAAUCUAGACCUUUCAAUUCAGACAACCUCUACGACAACCUCUACGACAACCUCUACGACAACCCACCCCCCUCCCCCAAGAUGGAGAGUCUCAAAGCACUCUUCGUUAAACCAGACCCCAACGCCCAGAUGCGAAAAUGCAAUGCCUUAAUACGAUCCAACAUCCGUAAGCUCGAUCGAGACAUCAACCAAGUCAAGCAAGUCGAGAUCAAGACCAAGAACCUCAUCAUCCAAGCGGACCGACGAUCCCAACGGAACCCACAACAAGCAAAGCAGGCGCAACGAGAAGUGCGCGACUUCGCGAAAGAGCUGAUCCGGGCGCGGCGCACAUCCGCGAGGCUAGUGACAUCCAAGGCGCAGCUGAACAGCGUGCAGAUGCAAGUGAACGAGGCGUUCGCGGUGCGCAAGAUCGAGGGCAGCAUCCGGGCCAGCGUAGGCGUCAUGAAGGACGUCAACAGCCUAGUUCGGCUACCGCAACUGGCAGGAACCAUGCGCGAGCUAUCCCUCGAACUCAUGAAGGCCGGCGUCAUCGAGGAGAUGGUCGGUGAGAAUCUACCGGUGGACGAUAUGCUAGAGGACGAAGAGGAGGAAGCCGAGGGCGAAGUUGAUAAAGUGCUGGGAGAGAUCCUCAAGGGCCGUAUGGAGAAGGCGGGCGAGACACCCAGUGUACCGCUGCCAUCUCACCCCCAAGAACAGCCUGUCCAGCUGGAGGAAGAAGAAGAGGACCCGGAGGCUAUGAUGGACCAGAUGAGGAACAGACUGGAAGCUCUCAGGAGCUAGAGUUUGGCAUUUUUGUUUUUUGCAUCCAUCCUUGGGAAGUUGUUUAGACACGUUAUGUAUUGGCGUUGCGGCGUAUCAUUCCUGGGUGAUGACUGUUCACCUUCAAUGUUUGGUUGGGUAGGGUACAUAUUCCGUGUUUAGUUAUCAGUUCAAAGAAGACGGCCAAGAAAUGCCGUGUAUAUACCUAGAGAUUACAACAUUAUUUCUGGUUCGAUGCUUAUCCCAGACUAGGUGCCUAAUGCAUUAGUCAAUGUUUAGAGCAUUUAUAUAUCUCAUUUGCCCUAACAACAGAUCC